ACAAGGCCAAAUUAAGAAUGGGAAUAUUAGAGGUAGAUAUCAUUUCCAAGGAAAACAUCAAACCAUCUUUCCCAACGCCCUCUCACCUCCGAACUUAUAAGCUUUCCCUUUUGGAUCAGCUUAUUCCCUCUCCAUACGCUCCGAUCAUCCUCUUCUACCCUAAUAACGAUCACUCCGACGACCUUAGCAAUAUCCCCAAGAGGUUAGAAUUGCUAAAGAAAUCUUUGUCCGAGACCUUGACUCAGUUUUAUCCGUUAGCUGGAAAGACCAAAGGCGACCUCUACAUUGAAUGCAAUGAUGAAGGCGCCUGUUUUGCAGAAGCCCAUGUCAGCGGCUGUCUAUCCGAGUUUCUUAGCCAUCCCGAUCUCUUGUUAACACACAAGUUUCUUCCUUGUGAAUUCGUUUGGAAAGAAUCAUGUGCCGUGAGUAAUAUUCAGGUGAACGUCUUUAGGUGCGGUGGAAUCGCCAUUGGUUUGUGUAUUUCUCACAAGAUCCUUGAUGGGGCAGCAUUGAGCACCUUUCUCAAGGCAUGGGCUAGCACAGCCAGGGGAUCUUCUGAAGCAGUGUGCCCAAACUUUGUCUCGACUUCUCUCUUCCCCACAAGUGAUAAUUUAUGGCUUCGAGACUCGUCAAUGGCUAUGUGGGGUUCCAUGUUCAAAAAAGGAAAGAGCAUGACGAGGAGACUCGUGUUUCAUGCCUCAGCUAUAGCCACCCUCAAGGCCCAAGCAACCAGCUUGUGUGUGAAACACCCCACGCGCUUGGAGGUGGUUUCAGCUUUCAUAUGGAAGCAUGCCAUGGCCGCGUCUAGAGAAAACUUUGGUUUUCAAAAGCCCUCUUUGUUAACCCAUUUGGUGAAUCUGCGCAGAAGAAUGGCAUCGCCGUUGUCGGAGUAUUCUAUUGGAAAUCUCCUUUGGAUAGCGGCUGCUCAGUGCAUGGACAAGGAUCAUGAUCAAGUAGGAUUACAAGGCUUGGUGGGCGAGAUAAGGGGUGCAAUAUCAAGAAUUGAUUGCGAUUUUGUUCAAAAACUGCAAGGUCAUGAAGAGAUCAGGAAUUCUGUGAUGUGUGAGUCUCUCAAAGAAAUUGGGGAAGUAGGCUCCAAAGACGAAGUAGACUACUUUGGGUUUAGCAGUUGGUGUAAUUUAGGAUUCUAUGAAGCUGAUUUUGGGUGGGGAAAGCCUAUAUGGAUCAGCAGCAUUGGUUCAAGCAGUCCAGUGUUCUUGAAUCUGACUAUUUUGGUUGACACGCGGUUGGGAGAUGGGAUAGAAGCUUGGGUGACCCUGGAUGAGCAAGACAUGGCUAGAUUAGUAUGCAAUUCAGAGCUCCUCACAUUUGCUUCCUUGGAUCCCAGUCCUCUCAUAUAAUGAUACUGUUCUUAGUUUCGUCAUAGUGUUGUUUUUUUUUUUAAUUACAGUUCCCAUGUAGAAAACUAAUUGUGAUCUACUAUGAGUUUAGAAAUAUUA